UGAGCCGAUGUUGGGAGCCGGGAGGGAACCGACGCCGCGCUGAAGGACCGUGCGAGCCGAGGGGAAGAGAUGCGCCGGCUCCGCAGCAACACCGACAGCUUCAGCCGCCGCCUCCGACGGUGCUGAACCGGGGCUUAGGUAAUCUAAUCCAUGGGUAAAGUUGGGAAGAUGUGGAAUAGCUUCAAAUACAGAUGCCAGAACCUCUUCAACCCUGAAGGCGGAAACAGAAGUGAAAAUGUAGACAUAAACUCCAAUAAUUCAUCUGUUAGAGAUAAAAGUGUUUUUGUGCCUGAUCCAACCCAGCAACGACCAAGCAGCCCUUUAAGAGAUGUUUCUUUACAACUGAGUUUAAACUCUUCAAAAAACUCUGCAAGGAAAAAUCAAAACUGUGCUACAGAAAUCCCACAGAUCGUGGAAAUAAGCAUUGAGAAAGAAGGCGACUUUGGUGUUGCUACAGGAGCUAGACUUGCUCGAAGGGAUUCCUACUCCCGGCAUGCACCGUGGGGUGGGAAAAAGAAACAUUCCUGCUCUACAAAAACCCAAAGCUCUUUGGAAAGUGAUAAAAGGUUUGGCCGUUCUCGCUUGCAAAGGAGAGAGAGAAGAUACGGUGUGAGUUCCGUUCAUGACACAGAUAGCGUUUCGAGCAGGACAGUUGGGAGUCGUUCUCUGCGGCAAAGGCUGCAGGAUACUGUUGGCUUAUGUUUUCCUAUGAGAACUUACUGCAAACAAACUAAGCCACUCUUUUCCAACAAAAGAAAGAUCCAUCUUUCUGAACUAAUGCUAGAAAAAUGCCCCUUUCCUGCUGGGUCAGACUUGGCUCAAAAAUGGCAUCUAAUUAAGCAGCACACAGCUCCAGUGAGCCCACACUCGACUCUUUUUGAUGCAUUUGAUCCUUCUCUGGCUUCUACAGAAGAUGAAGAGGAUAGACUCCGAGAGAGACGAAGGCUCAGCAUUGAAGAAGGGGUUGAUCCUCCUCCCAAUGCUCAAAUACAUACUUUUGAAGCAACUGCACAAGUUAAUCCAUUAUAUAAACUCGGGCCGAAGUUGGCCCCUGGCAUGUCAGAGCUGACAGGAGACUGUAGUUUGACACCACAAGGGAGCUGUGACUUGGAGGAAGACACAACUACCCUUUGCUUGCAGUCACGUAGACAAAAGCAACGGCAGAUGUCUGGAGAGAGCCAUAGCCACAUCAGCAGGCAAGGAGCUUGGAAAGUACAUACUCAGAUUGAUUACAUACACUGCCUUGUGCCAGAUUUACUUCAAAUUACUGGUAAUCCAUGCUACUGGGGAGUGAUGGACCGUUAUGAAGCCGAAGCACUUCUGGAAGGCAAACCUGAAGGCACUUUUUUGCUCAGGGAUUCUGCUCAAGAAGACUACCUCUUCUCUGUGAGCUUCCGCCGUUACAACAGGUCUCUGCAUGCACGCAUUGAGCAAUGGAACCACAACUUCAGUUUUGAUGCUCAUGACCCCUGUGUAUUUCACUCCUCCACUGUUACAGGGCUUCUAGAACACUACAAAGAUCCUAGCUCUUGCAUGUUUUUUGAACCAUUGCUUACUGUUUCGCUAAACAGGACUUUUCCUUUCAGCUUGCAAUAUAUCUGCCGUGCAGCAAUUUGCAGGUACACUUCCUAUGACGGGAUUGAUUGUCUCCCUUUGCCAUCAAUGUUGCAGGACUUUCUAAAGGAAUAUCACUAUAAGCAAAAAGUUCGAGUCCGUUGGUUGGAACGGGAACCAAUUAAGACAAAGUGAAUGGAGUUCAGAGUCCCCAGUAAGCUCUCUAAAAUCUGUGCUUUUCGUGUGUGUUACAGUAUAACUGCAACAAGCACAUCAGUGUUUAGUUUUGGGGCAGGGGGUGGGAAAUAUUGUACUUUAGGCUUAUUGUGUUUACGAGUGCAUCAGAUGCUGCCUGCAAUUAAUGAAACCUACUUGUGAAUACCUCUUGAAACAAUAUGCAGAACACAAAAUCACAUCUUUGUUUUUAAAAGCAGGUUUUUAGAUUAUCAUUUGCCAAUUCCGAUAUACUCUUUUCUACUACAAUUCCUGUAGUAAUAAUGUAAGGCAGCUAUUGGGCAUUGACUUCAAGUUACAUUCAAUUUCAGGAUUCAGAACAAAGUGGGUUGCUGAUUUUUCUUUUCUUUUGUUUGAACAUGAGCACUUGAAUGCCAACAGUUGUGUUCCAGUAUAGUUGUUCUAUCAGCAUAAACACCACGUCUCAAAGUUCAGUUUUCCCCCUAUCUUAGUUUUCACAUUAAAAUGUUUUAAGAAGAAAAAUUGCAAGCAACAAGGAAAACUGUGCCAUCACCUCGCAUUUCUAAAAAUCAAUCAUGUGCAUUAAUGAGCACUUAUAUGCAUCUGCUCUGUUAACAAAACUUUGUUUCUAAAUAGGGCUGUCUCCCAAUUAGAGGCAUAUUAGUGAAUCAUGUGAGAAUAGAUGAGUGAAAUCUGCAUAAAUUUGCAUAUGACUAAAAUAGCUUUAAAAGAAGAUACAUUUUUAUCAAUGUCAUAUCUGAAGCAUUUUCUACUACAGCCUUCCUCAAUUUGGGGCUUCCAGAGGUGUUAUACUACCAGCUCCCAUCUUAUCCAGCCAACAAAGACAAUGCUUGGUGGGGAAGAUAGGGAUUGGAAUCCUAACACAUCAGGAAGGGGACCUGGUUGAGGAAAGUUGCCCUACUGUAUGAUGCAGAAGGGGGAAUGCCUCUUCUAGUAUGGCAUGUGCAACUGUUAUAAGUACUUAAAAUAUAUAAUUUAUAUAUAUUUAAAAUCUGUUCAAUUGGUUCACCUUCAGUCCAUCAAAAGUGUUUUAAUCGAUUAAUCAAUAUGCAUUACAGCCCUGGUUCUAAAAGCAAGUUUUAGUAAAUUUUUAAUACACACAAAGUUCCAAUGCCUCAUAACUAAGCCAGCUAACUGCUGUUGGUAUAGUUGUGAAGCUGAAUUCUGCUCACCCAUAAGAACCCUGACAGUAGUAACUGAAUUUUGUAUUAACUCAGAGGUCCUCAUAUUAAUCCACAGGACACUGGUUGUCCAUGAGCUACUUUCAGGUGGUCUGUGGAAUAGUUGUAGAACAAUCAAUAUCUGUAUUUGGCCAUGCACUUGAUAAUUAUUUUUUUAUGACAGAGAUCAAGGCUGUUUUAACAAGGGCUCGUUUAUUAAAAGGCUAACAAAGCCUUGGCCUAGGACCCAUGAUUUUCAAAACAGCACUGGUCCACUCUACUAAUUUUUCCAUAAACAUUCAGUUAAACAGGCCUGACCUAGGGCUUUUGAUUUCUGUAAUAUGGCAUUGGAUUUGAUCAUGCCAGUGCUGAAGGAAAAAAUGCUACUAAAAAUAUGAGUUAUGUGCUUUGGUUUGUAAAAAAAAAAAAAAAAUUGCUGGGGAUCUUGGUAGAUCAUUUAUUAAACCUUUUUUGUUCAUGUGGUCUGCAAAGAAAGUUUAUUGCUCUAUUAACUGAUUUUCAAAACAGUAUUUUUAACAAUCUGCUAAAAAUAGUAAUGGCCAUCUUGCUUAGUUAUCACCUCAAGCUGAUCCAGAACAAUUAAAGUUCUAUCUCACUUCUCUUUCCCCUCCUCAAUGCAUCAGAAAUAAAGUUUCAGGCUUCAUAGGUACUCUUGUAUUUGUAAAAUGUGUAGCACCGUGGUUUUUUUGGUAACUGGUAGAUUGUGUUCCUCUUUGAGCAAAAUACUUUUGAAAACUUGCUCUUUAGUUCUCCGCCCCCCGCCCCCCUUUGUGGACAGAACAUAACCUGUUUUGUCCUAGCUGUGUUUGCACUAAAGUUUAUGUUGGACUACAGAGUCCCUUGGGUUUUUUUUUUGCUUAUGUAUCUUGUACCAAUGAGUAGUGCUCCUACUUUCUUAACCAGUUGCUACAGUAUGUUCUUCUCCAUGGCAGUGACUGUGAGGUAUGGAAACUUCAAAGCUGCAUAUACAAGAAAAGUAUACUUGUAUGCCAACACUAACCAGUUUAUCAAUAUGUGUGUUUUUCCUCUGCUUGCUGUGCCUUGUUACAGCUUUUUCGUGCUAAUAAAGUACAGUAUUUUCAUUGUUAAAAAAAAAA